UAUUAUUUGUUCCACUUAUGCAUAAUUCGUAAUUCGUUUUUGUGCACACUUUUACAUUAGACAAGAUGGCGACCCUAGUGAAAUGCAUCUUUGGACCGAGACUGCACCGUCUUCACCAGGCGAGCGUAACAGAGCCUGGGCGCCUUUAUCGGCCUGGUUUCAUUGAGGCUGGCGGGGACAAGUUUAUCAAAGUGAUCCACUUCUGUUGGUCACUCUCCUACUGGACAUCCCCGGUGCUGCUGACUGUGCUCUACAGACGAGGGUACUUCAGCACGGAGGGGUUGACGACCAUUGCCAAGUUCCUCAUCUCCAUCGGGAUCAUCUAUGCAGUGUCCUUCUUCACUAGAGGUAUUGGCCGGUUCUCUAACCCGGACUACAUGACCUUCAUCUCAACAUUGAUGACAUGUGAGCGAUCACUCACCGAGGCCAACAGGCGAGCUUUGUGGCGUUAUGACUACGAGUUCUGGGCGUGGCCAGUUGAUUUCCGCUGGACUGAUGUCAAUCAAGGGGACGUGAAGAAGGCCAAGGUUCAGAUACCCCGGUCUUCCCGCGUCCAGCCGGCCAGUGCCAUCUCAACACUGCCUUGCAACAUCAUCAGUUAUGUUGCCAUUCACACUUUCGGCCGCAGGAUGGUCUACCCCGGCACAACCUCCAUCAUGAAAACACUAAUCAGUGACACUCUCAUACAGAACAGAGCCAAGCUGAUAGAAGAGAAACAUGGCGUCCGAGCGAAGGUGGUAACAGAGGACAACAACGACAUUGACACCAUGUUCCUGGACCGACGCAGCGUCAAGUCAGGAAAUGGCAACACGCUGGUGAUCUGCUGUGAGGGCAAUGCUGGCUUCUAUGAGAUCGGCUGCUGUGGAACCCCGAUGGAUCUCAACUACUCGAUACUGGGAUGGAACCAUCCAGGAUUUGGUGGAAGCUCUGGAAUUCCUUUCCCUGACCAAGAACAGAACGCCAUUGAUGCCGUCAUGCAGUACGCCAUUCACAAGCUGGGAUUUCAGCCACAGAACAUCAUCAUUUUCGCCUGGUCCAUCGGCGGGUACUCCGCUAGUUGGGCUGCCAUGAACUAUCCUGAUAUUAAGUACAUGGUACUAGAUGCCACAUUCGAUGACAUCGUCCCCCUUGCCGUGUCUAAGAUGCCAGAAGUAUUAAAGGGUAUUGUGACGUUUGCUCUGCGGAACUACAUGAACCUGAACAUAGCGGAGCAGGUCAUCAAGUACCCGGGACAAGUCCUGUUGAUACGGAGAUCUAAGGAUGAAAUCAUUACCACGGAGAUGAAUCCUGGUCUUCCUCCACAAGUUCGAAGUAACCGUGGCAACAUGCUUCUUGCUAAGCUUUUGCAGUACAGAUAUCCAAAAAUAGUUGACGUUAGCACAGCCUCAGUGCUGGACUUGUGGCUGUCGAGGGAGAGAGCCGAGCAGGCUGUGAUGUGGUCGGAGUACAACGUGGACGCUGACUGGUGUGUAGCCACAAUACGAUCCUACACAGAGGAGCACUCUCAUUCAUUUCCUUGUCAUUUAGGUGAAGAUUUUGAUCAAGUGAAGAAAAAUCAAUUAGUUUUAUUCUUGGCUUCCAAAUACAUGGAGGAUUUCGACUCAACCCAUUGCACCCCUCUGGCACAUAAUUUCUUCCACAAGCCAUGGUCACCUCACGACUGACAACAUGCUCAAACUAGGAGAAAAUCAAUUGUUAUGAUAUGACAAUAUUUAUUUCCUAUGUUUUAUAUAGACAGUGUGUGCACAAGGGGCGAUUACAGCGUGUUUUCUGUCAUCCUUCCUUAUCCGUUUUUUAUGGUGUAUAUAUUGAUGUGAUAUUUCUCAGAUUUCAUACCUUUUUUUUUCAUAAACAUUUAGCACUUAAAUUUAGAAAAUAUUUUUCAUAAAUAUUUUUUUUUUAUCAUGUGUUUAUAGAAAUCUUUUCUUAUGUGAUGAUCAUUAUGUAGCAUCAGGACUAUUCAAGUUGUCAAUAAUGUAAAUGUCUGAAUGUGAUUUGAGAGAGAUUCGUGACAUAUAUGAUAGUACAUCUAGUUGUUAAAGAAUAAUGUUUCUUCAAGAAUGA